GUGGGUAUAGUUAAACAAUACACAUUCAGUAUCUGUUCACACAGUCACUUUGUGUCUCAGGCUAAGUGGUGCUGCAGCUCUUGUUGACUCCUGAAAUCUUUGGACUGUGAGGACUAAAACAUGCCAAACUACAAGCUCACAUAUUUUAACUUUAAAGGAAGAGGAGAGAUUAUCCGUUACCUGCUUAAAUAUACAAAUACUGAAUUUGUGGACAACAGAAUUGAGUUUAAUGACUGGGCUGCACAUAAAGCCUCUUACCCAUAUGGAAAACUCCCAGUUCUCGAAAUUGAUGGGACCGUUUAUUGUCAGAGCCUUGCUAUAGGCAGAUACCUGGCCAAAAAAGCAGGUCUGGCAGGAAAGUCUGAAUUGGAUGACCUUCGCAUUGAUGCCAUAAUAGACACCAUAGAUGACUUUGUGUCAGUGUUUCCCUGGACUGGUGAGGAAAAGGCAGUAAAGGAGUACAUGGAGAAAUCAGCACCACCUGUCUUGUCUGGCUUAGAGAAAGAACUAGGAAAUAAUAAGUGGUUUACUGGUGACUAUGUAAGUAUACUGUUAAUUGUACGUGUUAGCUAGAAACACCCCCUCCCC